UCGGCAAACCAUAGCAACCCCACUCUCCCCCUCUCGCCCCAGAUCCUCCUUCCCACACACAGCCGAACGCCCUUGCCGCCAUGGUCUCUGUCGAUCCCGCGGUCACCGAGCCCCGUUCGCCUCCUCGACGUGCCCACCGGCUUCCUCGUCGUCGUCCACAUCGCUUACGCAAUCGGGGUCGAGCCGAGCGCCUCUCCUCCGACCGGAACACGCUCGUCUUCAACUCGGAACGUCACCGUUCGUCUUCGACUCCGACGCCGUGGAGCCCUCCCCGAGCCCACUUAGCACCUCUACAGGCUCGGAACCCCGAGACUGCUGUUGGUACCCUUGUGAUUGACUACAUCGAUGACGACCCCUCCUUGCCAGAGCAACCAGACGAUGGAGUCCAGGAGCCAGACGCCACCAUUGACGACGAGUCCUACUACUCUCGAGGUGCCUACUACUACGUGCAGGCUGCUGACAACGACCAGGAGUAGUUUAGGAGGAUCCCAGGCAGGAGGCCUGCACCUCUUUCGAUAUGUAUCCCAGUUUGUGCUAGCCUUCUUAAGGCAAACUUGUUUAACUUAUGUCUGUACACAGAUAUUGUUGCUUCCGCUGACUCGUCUAUGAUCGAGCUCUUGUAUUCAA